GGAUACUUGGAGUGCUUGGAGCAGCAGCACAGUCGCUCUGCACAGUCGCACAGUCUUGGAUCGUCGUCGUUUCGUCUGUGUCGUGUUGGGACCUUUAUCGUUGCUGUUUAACUGUACGAAAGCAUUGUCCGUCUAUAAUUUAUUGUGAUCCGAGGCCAAAAUGAUAUCCGACAUUAUAUUGUUUGGAACGCUGAUGGUAAAUGCCGGAGCUGUACUCAACUUCAAGCUGCAGAAGACUCCGAGCGAAAGUUUCGUCGAGAAGACGGAACCAACGGCGGGUGACAAAAUCCGAGAUUUCCUGGGAGCCAUGCGUUACUUCCGGGCUUUCAUCGGACUCUGGAACAUCUUUAUCAUGUUCCUGAUGCUCGUAUUUUUUGGAUCCUGAUCUCCCGAUGGCUUUUGUUCGUCGGUCUUGUAAAUACACCAGUGUUUUUGGUAUCCACCGAGACGAAGAGGUCGUCUAACCAGCGUGCAAGACUGAAGACUCGUGCGACGGUUGUGGCCAAAAUAAACGAAGAAUGCUUUA